AUAUGAUUUGUGAACUGCGGGAAUUUCUUAAAGUUCUCAAACACCUGUUACCCAUUUUCAUAAGCAUGUUUAUUCAGAUUGGUUCAAGAAAAGGCUGGGCGGAGCCUUGAAAUCUGAUUGGGCGUUGCUUUGUCAAACUUUCUGAAAUCACGCUCUACGAUUGGUAGAAAGUAAACUGAUUUUCUUAAGAAAAAAAGUGGAUAUUGUAUUUUGAAUGAAGGAAGACCACGAUUUAAAAACGAUACUCGAGAAGAUUUCGUUUUAGUUUAUUCGGUGUCCACAAAAUCACUGAAGCAACUAACUCAUGCAUGGCCAAAAAGCUAACGCCACUGUUGAAAGUUAACCAAAGAAAGGAAAAAAGGUGUCGCAGGAAUGCGAAAACAUUCCUAAUUUUAACUGUUUGACAAUUUAUAAGUUUAAAGACAUUUUCAAAAUACUGCACCGGUGAUAAUGGACGUUUGCCAAACUGGACGAGAUACCAUGAGUUUCAGCGACAAGUCAGCUGUAGAUACAACGAUCCUCAAGAUCCCAAAGGAGAGAGACAGCUUACACAAGUUUGCCAUCACCAAGAUGCUCGGGAUUUCAGACGACGAGGAAGAAAGACCAAAACCCCCAAAGCGGCAAAACAGAGACGACAGAGACAUCACCAAAUUAGACGAAAACUGCAACAACUUGGCUGGAAUAGGAAGUAAAUCUCCAUCAACUUCGGAAUCUCGGAAUUCUUCCCCACAUUUACGUGAUGAACAUGAAAGGUUAGGAGCCUGCCGUACCCCUGGAAGUCCGUUCGAGUUUCCACAUAUUCCGUAUGAUUUUCCUUCAUGGCCGAAUCCUUUAUUCCGUGGCAUGCUCCCUCAUUAUUCGUCUUACCUUCCGUUUGGCAUGCCGAUUCCCGGACUUCCUCCUGGAUUCCCAUCAUUCCACCCCAUAACAUCAGAACAUCAAUUUCCAUUAAAGGCAUUUAGUGAUCCGUUCUUUGCAUUUAGUGCCAUGCGUCAUGCUUUCCCGCAGUCCCGGACGUUGCCAAGUCCCCAUUUACCAUACCCCGUACAUGUCUCAAAAUCGCAGAAAUCAGAUGACGGUCUCGAGGAAAAUACUUCAAAAGUAUCAUCAUCGGCAUUUGAUCCAGUGGUUUCAAAAUAUUCCUUAGGAGAAAAUCCAUUGUUUGAGCUAGAUUUGACUGUCUCUGGAAAGAGAAAGGAAAAAGACGGUGAAACUAUGCGGUAUCAUUGCGAUGGAUGUACCAAAGUGUACGCAACAUUUAGCGGACUAACAAAACACAAACAGUUUCAUUGUGCAAGUCAGGUCAAGAAAGAAUUUAGCUGUAAAUACUGUGAUAAGACCUAUGUUUCACUUGGAGCACUGAAAAUGCAUAUUAGGACACAUACUCUGCCCUGCAAAUGCAAACUCUGUGGAAAAGCAUUUUCGCGCCCUUGGUUGCUUCAAGGUCACAUACGAACCCAUACGGGGGAGAAACCUUUCAGGUGUGAUCAUUGUGCACGUGCGUUUGCGGACCGCUCCAAUCUUCGCGCGCAUCUUCAAACUCAUUCCGACAUCAAAAAAUACAGUUGCAAAUCCUGUUGCAAAACAUUUUCUCGCAUGUCUCUCCUGUUAAAGCACGAGGACGGUUGCUGUAGCAAACCUUUACUAGUGUAAAUUAGUGUAUAACCAGGUGAUCUUGUGGGCGUCUAGUCACAAUAAGCGGGUUUUGUGUGCAUUUUGAGUGCUAAAUAGUUACGAACUUAUUUAUAUUCCAUUUGAUGUGAUGUAUGGUAUGUUAAUUAAAUUAUCAAUACACUUAG